AUGUCAUUGAUAUGUAGAAAAUUGUGUUCUUGUAUUUUAUUAGAACAUUUUGGGCAAAUUGUUCAAAGUGUAGGUGACGAUUUAUUUAAACAUGGUCCGAAACCGUACGGAUUAAUUCGUCACACGACGCAUCUUACAUUGUCAAAGAUAAAAGAAGCUUUAUGCGUUUUAAUAAAAUACGAUUUGGUUACGCAUCGUCAAACGGAAAGAGGGAUAGAAUAUUCUUUAGCUUAUGAAAAGAUCCUAAUGAUCCUUCGUUAUCCAAAGUAUAUGUUCUUUGUAAAAACAAUUUGUGGAGAUGAGGCUGAGAUGAUGCUGGAAGAAGUAUUAAAACAUGGAUAUAUAACAGCUUCUGAAUUAAUCAUGAAAACAUAUAAAAGAAUUGAACGAUCACCUUCUGAGUUACAGUCAUCGGUUUCAAUGUUAAAAGGCAAGUUUGAGUUACUAGUUAAAAACCAGUUUCUCAUGCGUAGCUUACAUUCAGAGACAACUGAAGUGCCAAAAACCAAUGAUAAACCUGACUUUAAUUUACCAGAUCUUAAUUUGGGUGCAAUUAUGCAGGAGAUCCAGGGGAGUAGUGGUAAUGAUUUUGGUGACAGUAAAAUUUACUGGAAAGUAAAUUUUGAUCGUUUUUCGCAAGAUCUCAGGGAUCAAAUUAUUGUAUCAGCUAUGCGCAAUAGACUUGAUGAAAAUGCUGCAGAGUUGAUGAGACAAUUAUUGUUUCUUAUGUAUUUACGAACAGCAUCGUGGGCAAGUACAUCGAAUCCGAUACCUCUUACAGAGAUAAAAGAUGCUAUUAGAAAGAUAGAUUAUCCAGUGCUUAUGCAAUACCUUGAUCAAUAUUUACGUCUCAUCGAGGAAGAUACUAGUCAAUUUUUAAAACGAGUCGGAGAUUCGGGCGGAGGUCAGUACAGUGUAAAUAUGAAGGGAGCUUUCAAUCAAUUAGCAUGGACAACUUUAGACAAUAUUGUAAUGGUACGAUUUGGUUCGAAAGCGGCUAGAAUUUUCAGGUUAGUGCGGAAUCGAAAAUACAUCGAACAAGAACAAAUUCAACAGUUAGCCAUGAUUCCCGCCAAGGAAGCCAAAUAUUUAACGUACACUUUAUUACAAGAAAAUUACCUACAGAUGCAAGAAAUAAAGAAAGGUGGAGUGUCAGCGACGCCAAUGAAAACAUUCUUUUUGUUUCACAUUGAUUUGAACAUAGUUGUUCGUAUGGAGAUAGAACAUUGUUACCAUGCACUGUACAAUACUAUGCAAAGGCGAGAGCACGAAGUGACUAGUAAUAAACGAAUGAUAGAUAAACAAUUACGAAUGCAGACUCUCACGAGUAAUUUGAAAGAACAUGGCGCUACCGAGGAACAACUGGCAGAGAUCGCGGAAUUAAUGACACCGUCCGAGAAACAACAGUUGGAAAAAGUUCAAAAUACAGUCAAGAAACUGAGCGUCACGGAAUUACAAAUAGACGAUACUUUAUUUCUAUUAACGAUGUAUUUACGCUAUCACUGAAUAAAG